GCCUUUGUCUUCUUCCUCUUAAUAUAUAUUACCUAGACCAAGCUAUAUCUAUGUCAAUAUCUUCACUGAUAGAGAAUAGAGACUCUUAAGAGCUGCUAACAAAAAGAACUCCCACCACCUGUUAUAAUAAACUUCUCCUUCAGCAUCUCGGUCUCUCUUGGCCCUUCGUUCGCUAGGAAAAAUCUAUCAAAACUAAAGGGAGAGGCUUCUUAUAUUCUUCAAAUCAGAUGUGCACCAGAGGCCAUUGGAGGCCUGAAGAGGAUGAGAAGCUCAGGGAGUUGGUCGCCCGAUAUGGCCCUCAUAACUGGAACGCGAUUGCUGAGAAGCUUCAAGGGAGAUCAGGAAAGAGCUGUAGGCUGAGAUGGUUCAAUCAGUUGGACCCAAGGAUCAAUCGCAGCCCCUUCACCCCAGAGGAAGAAGAACGACUCCUUGCUUCUCACCGAAUUCAUGGGAACCGAUGGGCCAUCAUCGCAAGGCUCUUCCCAGGUCGUACUGACAACGCAGUCAAGAAUCAUUGGCAUGUGAUCAUGGCACGAAGGUGUAGAGAGAGGUCGAGACUUUACUCAAAGAGGUCUUAUCGCUCUGCAAUCAAAGAUGAGAAACCCAAACAAGGGAAAGAGAGGAAAUCCGAGUCUAGAAAUAUCGUUGCACUGAUUGAGAAAUAUUAUAGAGGAUGCGGCGACUCCGUAGCUAAUAACCAUCAGGAUCAAAAAGAGUUUUAUUCUCAGAUCCAUGGUUAUUAUCCCCACAUGGUUGCAGAUGGAGAUAGGGAAAGAGAAAACUCAAUCGAAUUCUAUGAUUUUCUCCAAGUAAACACUGAUUCUAUUGAUACUAAGUGUUGCUCGAGCAUAGAGGAACAAGAGGAGACCAAGGAGAGUUGCAGCAAGGCUGGUGUUCCUUUCAUAGAUUUCUUGGCAGUUGGAAGUUCCUCUUAAAGAUGGGUAUUGGUAAAGACAAGUAGACACAUUUGAUAUGUAUAGUUUUAGAGCACAUAAACCCUAACAUCGUAGAACUCACUAUAAAUAUGUAAAUGCUGCUUAAUAUAGGGGGACUUAUUUAUAUUGCAUCUAGUGGUGAGUGAAAGAAAGAUUCUCUUAAAGUAAAUGAGGAUCCACUCCCUUAUAUUUGGUCUUCUUGUCAAAUGGUGGUGAGGUUGCCAAUCAAUUCAACCAUGUAUUCGUGUGGAUAUAAGGAUUCAUGAAAGUAUAUAUUCUAGUAAUUUUAAUAUGCCUUAAAUGAAGAGUAUUUCCAUAUGCACCA